UUAAGCAUUCCUAAAUAAAGAUGCACGGGUACAGAACGCCAAUGUGCAGUGCUAGAGCAUUACUACAGAAUUAUCAUUUUAAUAGUGCCGUGCCAGCUUUUAAGAAGUGAAACGUUGUUACUGUAUACGGAACUUUUACCUAAAGAAACGGUACAACUGGCUUUUAAUUAUGCAGUGCAUGCUUUAGCAAUUUAGAUUUAGCAAUGAAAUACGUGAAGGAAACAGUAUAACAAAUUGAUUAACAAAGUGUUUAAAUGAACAACGUCUUAAGGCUGGAUUGUACUAGCGGUACACUAGAAAAAGGCAACUAACAUUUUAUACAGGUGGUAUAUAGUGGACACAUAAAUAAUAAUAAUAAUAAUAAUAAUAAUAAUAAUAAUAAUAAUAAUAAUAAUAAUAAUAAUAAUAAUAGAGAAAAUGCUGUGUCUUAAACUACUGGUCGUUUCAUUGGUGAUAAUGAAUAUAUGGCUGCUAAAUUCAGUUCAAUCAGACCGUGUCAGGAGGUACAAGCGGGCUCUAGCUUUGAGAGCAGAUCAAAUCCAUGCCUCCAUGUCAGGUGAGAAGUGCUGUUUGGCUAGCACUGCCCGGCAGCGACGUUCUGUGUCUCAACAUCACCCCCUUGGGGCCUAUCUGAGAAAUCGCGCAGAUCCAGGAGUCUACAAAAACAAACUAGUUGCUGGAGAGGUGAGGGGGUCCAGCCCAUUGGAGAUGGAGAAGAAUAUGGAUGCCCAGCAACUUCAAAUAGGCACUUCUAAAUCUGGAGUUAGGAGUGAGAUGAGACCCAAAAGGGAAGUCCCGAGUUUAUACCUUGGGUUUGGGAAGGCAAAAACUUCCCCUGAACAGCAAGGCCAAUACAAUAGUGAAGAUAAUCACCCCUGUUCUAGUGAAACAGCUACAGCUGUUGAAUCACAAGCCGCUGUUAGUGGACCUACUGGGGUGUUGGGGGAUCCAAAAGAAAAAACAAAUACUGAUCCCCUUGCCCACACUGCAAAGCCAGAACAACACCCUAAAUCUCUGUACAGGACAGGAAAGAAAAGACUGCCAAGGAACACAAGGGUACCUCACAGCAGGAGGCCCAGAAGUCUAGUGGGGGAAUUUGUGAAGAAUGAGUUACAAGGUUAUCCUAGGAGCAGGGUAUUAACCCACAUGGGACGGCACGCAUUCAGACUCACAGAUUACUCUGCAGAGAAGGAGGAUUAUUCAAGAGAGCAUGAAGAGUCCUUUGUCCCUAGCAGUGAGUAUUGGGGCCCGGGUUCCAGUGCAGGAUCCCAGAGGCACCUGACAACCAUGUACUUUUCGGGCAAGAAGGAGCAAGUGAAACUCCACCCCGCCUCAGAGUUGCAGUUGCCCCGCUCAGAGUUCACUGUGGAACUAUGGGUGAAGCCAGAGGGAGGGCAGAACAACCCAGCCAUUAUAGCAGGGGUUUUCGACAACUGCUCCCACUCGCUGAGUGACAAGGGCUGGUCAGUGGGCAUCCAGUCGGUGGAGCCUUCCAGCAGGAAAGAUGCCCGCUUCUUCUUCACCAUCCGCACUGACCGCUCCCGCAAAGCCACCACAGUCAUUGGGCAUAAGCGUUACCACGCCAACACCUGGACACACCUGGUGGCUAGCUACAAUGGCCAGCAGAUGACUCUGUAUGUGGAUGGUGCCAAGGUUGGUGAGAGUUCUGGCCAGUCCGGCGACCUCUACAGCCCUUUCAUGAGUGCCUGCCGGACAUUGCUUCUGGGGGGCGACCACUCAGAUCUCGGACACAACUUUCGUGGACAUCUUGGGGGGAUUCUUCUCUGGGCAAUGACUCGACCCCAGAAUGAACUGUCUGGUGGCUACUACCAAGCAAGGGAUGAUGAACCCUUUCUGGUCCUCAAGGCCGAUUUCUCUAAAGCUGAAGAGCAAUGGAUUUCCUACAAAGAUGGUGCCCAUCCAGUUAUAGAAGCCAUUUCAUAUCCAGGAACAGAGUUUGUGUCCCCCUACCUUCCUCCACCAUGUGGGCUUACAGUCUGCGACAAUACAGACGUCAUCCUGAGCUACAACAGCCACUGGUCACUCAGAACAGAAAAAAAUAUCCGUUACAGAGUGGUUAACAUCUGUGAGGAUGAUGGAUCUAAUCCUACUGUGUCACCAGAGCAAAUUGCCCACCAGCAUCAGGCCCUCAACCAGGCUUUCAGACUGUACAACAUAACCUGGGAACUUACAGUGCACCAGGUGCACAAUUCCACCCUCUGGCAACGCAUCAUCCUGGGCAACUGCGAGACCAGCAAGAUUGGAAAUGAUCACUGCGACCCUGAGUGUGACCACCCAUUGACCGGCUAUGAUGGGGGAGAUUGCCGUUAUCAAGGCCGCUGUUACACCUGGAAGAGGAGGGAUGGCAUCUGCAACAUGGAGUGCAAUAACAUGCUGAAUGAUUUUGAUGAUGGCGACUGCUGUGACCCGGAGGUGACCAAUGUCAUGAAAACUUGCUUUGAUCCUGAAUCGCCAGACAGAGCCUACAUGAGUGUGAAGGAGCUGAAGGAGGCAUUGCAGCUGAGUGGGUCUGAGAAUCUCAAUGUGUUCUUCGCAAAGAACUCUGUCCGAGAGGAGCUGGCAGGGGCUGCCACUUGGCCCUGGGCUAAAGAAGCUCUCAGUCACCUGGGUGGAAUGGUGUUAAAUCCUUCUUAUUUUGGGACUGUCGGGCACACCAAUACCAUGAUUCAUGAGCUGGGACACAUUCUGGGGCUUUACCAUGUCUUCAAAGGGGUCAGUGAGAGGGAGUCCUGUGAUGACCCUUGUCGGGAGACCAUACCCUCCCUGGAGACAGGUGACCUCUGUGCUGACACAGCACCAACGCCCAAAUCCAAAGUAUGUCGUGACCCAGACCCUGUCAAUGACACCUGUGGCCCAACACUCUACCAGGGAACACCCUUUAACAACUACAUGAGCUACACAGAUGAUGACUGUACCAAUAGCUUUACUCCCAACCAGGUGGCUCGAAUGCAUUGUUACCUGGACUUGGUGUACCAGACAUGGGUCCACAGCAAAAAGCCUGCCCCUAUCCCUGUUUCUCCUUUUGUGAUUGCACAAAGUGCUGAUUCAGUAUCCAUUCAUUGGCUGCCUCCUGUGAGUGGGGUGCUGCACGAGAGAGAGGAGGGGACAAUAUGUGGGGACUGUGAUGAAGAGGGGACAUUUCGUCAGUAUGCACACACUGCAACUUCACCCCGGGUCUGUGACUCCUCGGGAUACUGGACACCCGAAGAGGCUGUGGGCCCACCUGAUGUUGACGAACCUUGCGAGCCUAGCCUUCAAGCCUGGAGCCCGGAACUGCACCUCUAUGAUGCCAACAUGACCGUGCCCUGUCCUCAACCUCAAGGCUGUGCUCUAGAGCUCAAUUUCCUCCACCCUGUCAUUGCAGAGAGCCUCUCAGUGUGGACCACCUACAUCUCCACAGACUCCUCUAGUGCCAUCUCGAACAUUGAGGUUCUCACUGACGAAGGGGGACCCCUCCAGCUGGGUCCCCUGCACACAUUUUGUGAUGUGCCGCUCACCCUACGCAUCAACACCCGAAAGAAGGUGACUGGUAUGAAGAUCUACACCUUAGACGAGAAGAUGGAGAUUGACGCUGUCCUCCUGAGCUCUCGGACCCGGGACCCUCUCUGCUCGAGCUGCCGCCCACUCCGCUACCGUUUACUUAGAGAGCCAUCUUUUCCUCAAGGGCCAGUGACACAAACAGAGCGCACGUUUACAGAUAUGGAUGUGAGCCCAGGGCAGGUGUACAGGUACACGGUUCAGGUGGAAGCAGAACAGGCUCUGAGCGUGCCCUCUCCCGUCUUGCCCUACGUCCAUGGCGCCCCAUACUGUGGAGAUGGACAAGUGCAACGAAUGCGGGGAGAAGAAUGUGAUGAUGGCAAUCUGCUUGAUGGGGAUGGUUGUUCUAAAAAAUGUUACAAAGAGGCAGGAUUCAACUGUAAAGGAGAGCCCAGCCAGUGCUAUGUGUUUGAUGGGGAUGGUCUGUGUGAGGAGUUUGAGAGAGGCUCCAGUGUUCAGGACUGUGGAGUCUUCACCCCACAGGGCUUCACAGACCAGUGGGUGGCCAAGGCCUUUGCCUCCCAUCAAGACGACACCAAGUGCCCUGUGCUAGCAGUGAAAGGAGAACCCUCGCUCAACCAGGUGUGCAAGUCCAGAUUUCUGGAUGAGAACGGUGGUUUGUCACAAUACGCCUGGUUUCCUUGUACUGCCUACUCUGAGGGACACUCUGACCCUGACCAAGUGGAGACGGUGUGGCUGAAGGUGUAUUUUGCCCACCCUGAAGUGGCAACUUCAGUUAUUAUCUACUUGGCUUCAGAUGGUUCUAUGCUUGGAGAUCAGAGCAGGAAAACAGUGGUGAUCCAGCUCGGCGAUACAAAUGGAAAAAACCAUACUCUAGGUUCAUACCAACUGUCUUGCCAGCGGAACCCCCUUGUCAUCAACAUGACCCACAACCUGAGUCUCCCAUUCUUCCGGACUGCCUCAGUCCUCCUGAACUUCUCAUCUCCGUUGGUGGCUGUCUCUGGCAUUGCAUUGCGCACCUCUUCCCAUAUUAGUGCCCUUGCCCUGAACGGGUGCGCUGAGGGUGGGGUCUUCAGUCAGCAAAAACAGAUUUGUGUGCGGAGGUCCUGCAGUGCUGAUAAGUGUAGCUCCCCACAGAUCCGACAAGCAUCAGUAAACUGCACCCACGAGGAGGCUCAGCACCUCAAGUGCACCAUUGCCUGUAAUCAGGGGCUCACACUCCAAGUGGUUGGCGGCAUUAAUCUACAUCCUAGCCAGAAGGAGACUGUCCUGGAGUGCAUGCAUGGGAAAUGGGACAGGAUGGUGACCUGCGAACCCAUUGACUGUGGGGUUCCUGAUCAAUCCCACGUCUACUUUGCCUCCUUCUCCUGUCCGGAGGGGACCAUGUUUGGAAAACAAUGUUCCUUUUCCUGUAACUCGCCGGCUAAACUGCAAGGAGGGAAAGAUUGGCUGGUCUGCCAAGAAGACGGACUGUGGUCCUUCCCUGAAGCGUACUGUAAGCUGGAAUGCACUGCUCCAUCAGCUGUGCCCAAUGCUAAGCUUCUGGUGCCUCGAUGCCAACUGGGAGGACAUGAUGUAGGAUCCAUCUGCCGAUACAUGUGCAACCCCGGGUAUUUUGUCACAGGCAGCCCAAGCAAGAUGCCAAGGAAGAGAUUCCUGAAGAUUGCGUGCCUGGAAGGAGGGCAGUGGGAGGAGGGGGGCUGCACCCCAGUUGUCUGUACUCCCCCUUCCCUGGUGUUUGAGGGUAUGUACAGCUGCACCAAUGGUCUGGAGUAUGACAGCCAAUGCACCCUCAACUGUCCUGACUCAAGCGAAAGGCACACAAUUCGCUGCACUAAAGAAGGUAAAUGGACUGAUGAGUUCAAACUGUGUAAAAAGCUGCAGGGAGUGUGCCCACCACCUCCUGAAUUGAACCUUGUGGAGUACAGCUGUGAGCAGGGAUACAGUGUGGCUGCUGUAUGUUACCCAUUGUGCGUCAUCUCCCUGAGUGACCCAGUGAUACUUCCCAAUAACAUCACGGCUGACACAAUGAGCCAUUGGAUGGAGCCAACACAGGUUGAGAGUAUUGUGUGCACAGGACUGAUGAGAUGGCACCCGGACCCAAACCUCAUUCACUGCAUACAGUCCUGCGAGCCUUUCCAGGGCGAUGGCUGGUGUGACACUAUAAAUAACCGGGCGCACUGUCAGUAUGAUGGAGGGGACUGCUGUCCUUCAACACUUUCAUCUAGAAAGGUUAUUCCAUUCGGGGCUGAUUGCGACCAAGAUGAGUGUACAUGCCGUGAUCCAAAUGCGGAGGAGAAUCAACAGAGAACAAGGCAGCAGACUGCUGGAUUCCCCUAAAAGCAGUUACAAAAUAUAUGUGUGUGUGUGUAUCUGUUCUUAAAGGACCAAAUGAACACCAGGACCAUAACAGAUAAAACAUUUUGCUUCUUGAGGGGCAAAAGCGAAGUCUGGAGUGAGCAGGGGAGGGUAGGGCAGAAGAAAUUAAGCAACUAAAAGCUUUGUUAUUACUCUUUCAUUUAUACCAACCUACAAAAUAGAAUCAUAUCUAAUAUAUUCUGACAGUUUCUAACACAAGUAGAUCUAUAAAAUGAUAUUGGAGACCAAUAGUUAUUUUUGUUUUGGAAAUGUGUACUGAAAACAUGUUAUUUAUAUUACGGGCAUGGUUGUAGAAAACGGCUACUCUGCUGCAUACAGUAUAGUAAAUCACAGUCCAAGGCUACAUUGAAUAUUGCACAUAAUUGCUUUCAUAUUUUGGUCAGAUAAGAGUGUUUGGUGACUUUGCCUGUUACCCAGUGAUUGGAAACGCUGCUUAAAACAUUUUUAGAAAUCAGGAAGGCCUGCAAUAAGGAUAUCAUUAUUUUAUUUCACUUAUUUGUUUUACAUUCAAAAUGCAUUGUGUUUAACUUAAGGAGCGUGGAUGCUAUUUGUUAUUACUUUAUUUUAUAAUGUUUGCUUAUUCAAAGGAAGGGGGGUAUAAUGGAGACUGUCCACCGCUCGUUAUACUUGCCUUACAAACUGGAUAGAAAAAAAGAUUGUUGCUGCUCUUCUCAAAAGUAAAUAUGAAGUGAUUUCUUCACUUCUGAAGUUCUGAAGAAAAUCACUGGCUUUGUUAAGUCUACUAAUGUGCUAACUUUCAUUCUAGACUGCUGAAAAUCUUCCAGCCAAUCAGAGUGCCAGUUUCACCUGUGGCAACUCUCAGAAUAUCCUUGAAAAUUACAGUGGACUAAAAAGCAGUAUAUAAUAUACUAUAAUAAUAAUAUAAUAAUAUAUCUACACUCACAGCAUGUAAACAAACAUUGCCUUUCAGCCUCUAUAACCCUAUGUCCUUUAUGGCUAACCGUGUGUGAGGAAAAUCUUGUUCUGUUAAACCAUUCUUAUCCUAGAUGACAGUUUCUAUAGCCAGGGGUGCGAUGAAAUAGGACAGCGAUUUAUAUAACAGGAAUUAUGUUUUUCAGGUUAUUCUUAUGUUAGGCAAACCGUGUAUAAAAAAACAUAUCUUAUAUGCCCCCUGUCUUUACAAGAUGCAUCACUAGGUACAUGUAAGGCAAGUAUAACUGUUGCCAAGGUACGCCUAAAGUAGACCAAAAACAACACUAUUGUGAUGGGUUCUGGUCCAAACAGAUCACUCCUGUUAAGUUGUUAAGUUUAUAUAAUGCUACAAUUUAAGUUUAUAUCUUUGGUACAAUUUGUGGUAGAAGAAAACAUAUAACAACUCUUUUAUGUGAAACACUGCUGCUUAAAAGACUUUGCUCUCUCUCAGAACAAGGUCUAAAACUUGGUUACAAUGGGUCAGAAAUUAGAAAAUCUCUACACAAGCUUAUUAUUUGUCAUUACAGGCCGUAAAGAUUGUGUUGUUUAAUUGUGCUUUUUUUCCACUGAUCAAAAAAAGAAAAGUGUUCAGUUCUCCAUUAGCAAAUAGGCCAAUUUAAUUGUUAAGUAACACAAAUGGUGAAUGAAGAAUUCCCUAUGCAGACUGAA